GAAGGCAUAUUGGAGUAACAUUGUUGAGAGGGCAAGAUGGCGAAAUUCAGUACACUUUUGCUUUUACCUUUGAUCGCUUUAACAAAUGCUGGACCCACGGCAAGAAUCAUAAACGGAAAGAUAGCGAAACCAGGUGAAAUUCCUUACCAGGUAUCGCUGCAAGUAGCAAAAAUUAUGUUUCACUUCUGUGGCGGAUCUAUUCUCAACGAACAUUACGUUAUAACUGCUGCUCAUUGUGUCACAGCGCUACCGGUGGAAUUAGUGGUAGUUGUUGCUGGUGUAGUUGAUCUACAAAUGCCAACUUCGAAACAUCAGAUCGAGACCGCUUAUGUUCAUGAAAAUUAUAAUGCUACAGAUGCCUAUGCGAACGACAUUGCUCUACUCAAGGUGAAAGAACCUUUCGUCAAGUCUAUUUUAGUAUCUUUCGUGCCCAUGCCCUCCCCCGGAGAAAUCGCCAAAACUAACGAUCCAGCUAUAGUUUCUGGAUUUGGUACACUCACGUACGAAGGAGAAAUGACAAAGCUUUUGCACUGGGUGGAUAUCAAAGUAGCUGACCAAAAUUACUGCAACCAAAUGUAUAAGAACGUUAUUCACAACACACAGCUCUGUGCGUACGAUAAUACCACUGUGAAAGGACAUUGCGAUGGUGAUUCCGGUGGUCCUUUAACGGUGAAUGGAAAACUUCAUGGAAUCGUCUCUUGGUCAAUGAAUUGCGCGAAUGUCGUAUAUCCAUCGGUGUACACGCGAGUUAGCUCGUAUCUUAAUUGGAUAAAUGAACACGCAGUAUAAUAGAUUCGCAAUUUUUUAAACAACGCACGAUAUUCCGAUCGGUCAAUUCAUACUCUCCCUUUAGUUAGAUCGUUUUUGAACAAAAAUGUUCCGUUCGGAACACACUAAAGGAUUACGCGGAAUCUUCGUUAGUAUAAACUAUAGCACGAACGUAAAGAAGGCCAUUUUUUAGUUGAAAUCUUAAAUUUUUAAAGAAGUUUUCAAUUCUAAUUUAUUCGCACUCAAUAACCUGAGACGUGUUAUAAACUCGGAAUUUCUGAACGAUUAUUGGAAAACACAUGUAAUGGUGCAAGUUGCCAAAGUCUAUGACCUGGAGGAAUACCGCGACCUUUCCAGAAAGGUGAAUACCCGUGUAAGUUCAGAUAACGCUGAACCCGUAUCAGAAGAAGGCACAUCAUUGGCGUAUGGAAGGGAGCGAGUGAUAUUCAGAUCAAAGAUCAACUAUCGCUUAGCAAGUAUCAACUCGCAAUUCUGUUACAGAUACCAAAAUCCUUGUAAAAUUGUUAAGGUUUACCUGUAUCAGAUAUAGAGUAUAUUCGUUUUAAAUGUA